ACAUUCACUGAAUUUCCCCUUUCCGUCUUUCGAAGCUCUCGAAAAUGGCCGUCGUGAAUUUGCGAAGACUCGCCUCCCAAAUCUCCCGGAAUCCCUCCCUCUCCCACUCCUUUCGAGCAACCAUCGCUCGAUCCUCUGCAUCCUCUGUCACUUCCUCAACCCCUACCUCCUCCGCUAAGGUGUCCGAUCGGAUCGUGAACCUCUUCGCCAUUGAUCCCGAUGGCCAUAAGCGCGGCGUGAUCGGCCUCUCCGGCCAGACUCUUCUUAAGGCGCUGACCAAUCAUGGAUUGAUUGACCCGGCUUCCCACCGCCUCGAAGAGAUCGAUGCUUGUUCUGCUGAGUGCGAGGUCCACAUUGCUCAGGAGUGGCUUGAGAAGCUCCCCCCACCUACCUACGAUGAACAAUACGUGCUCAAGAGGAACUCUAGGGCUAGGGUUUUGAACAAGCACUCCAGACUGGGAUGCCAGGUCGUCCUCACUCCGGAGCUUCAGGGUAUGGUUGUCGCUGUCCCUGAGCCAAAGCCCUGGGAUAUUCCGUAAAGGAGUGAAUUUCUGCAAGGUUGGUCAACUGGAAUUUUAUUGUUUUUGAGGUUUUUAAAUUGAAUAAUAUGUAAACCGUGUAAGGUACCUGAAAACUUCUCUUUCAUUGAGAAAUGUCUGGAACUCAUUUUCCUUUGUUCAGGAAAGCUAAUUUGUUUUGGAUACUAGUUUGAGGUGCAUAUUGUUUUUUUCUGUUACUCUAAUAUGAAACUGUAAGUGGAUGAAAUGAGUUUGAUUGGUAUUGCUUCUGGAUUCA